GGCCGAGCAGAAGUGGAAGGGGAGAUCCACUGCUAUUCCCCAAUCCCCUCGCGCCCGCUAGCCCUGCAAUUUCUGUGCGGCGGGCGGUGGCGAGAAGGGAGGUUCCGGAGCGCCUGCGGAGCCCGCUGACAGGGUCCCACCUGGGAAGAUGGCCUACUAUGGAAAAUGCAUUGAAACUGUGAUGAAGCUACUGGACCAAUUUAAACCUGAGAAGGACAGUCCCGAGCAGUUCCUGGAGGCUGCGGCCACCUCCCUGCAGACCCUGAGCCCCCAGGAGCAGGCGUUCGUCAUGGAAGUUCUGUCCGGGUGCCUCGAGUACCGGAAGCUGCUGACCAUCGUGGUGGACGCCUUCUAUGUGCGGGACGGCCGGCUCUGCCUGUGGACCGAUUACAGCCUCUUUGAGGUGAUCUGCUACCUGGCCACUUUCCAGCUGGAGGAGCUCGGCUUUCAGCUCUUCUGUAGCAUCGUGAAGUCCCAACCCGUCCACAAGGUGUGCAAGUUCCUGGGGUUCCUCUUCAACCCCUUGAACCUGGGCUCGUGGAUCAAGGAUGAGUGGAGCCUCAUCUACGAGACCACCCACGUGAAGGAGCAAUGGAUCGACCCCUUGAUGAGGUGGCAGCCGGAGGUCCAGGAGCUGCUCAACCAGCUGCAGGGGGCGUUGACCAAUCAGCCCCCUCUUCCAAAGGCCAAGGCCAAGGUCACAGAGCCCAAGGAGUUCAACCUGACUGCCCCCAGGCCCUGCGCCAUCCCAGUGCCUGAGCCAGUCCCCGUGGUGGCCAAGACCAGACCAGUCCCCAGGAGCACCUACCGGCCGCCCAAGGAGCAGCGGCUCCUGGAGACGACCAAGAGAUACAAUCGCCGCAAGGCUGAGGAGCUGCUUCUGCGGGCCAGCGUCGAGGAGAUGCGGUGCGCGCGGCCCAGCCCCCGCGGGGAGCCCCCGGUGGAGGACUCCAAGACGAAGCUGCGGCUCCGAUUUCCACCUCGAAUCCUCAAGGCUCCGAAACUGACCUUCUACAGGCCCAACGAUGACUCCCCGGUCAAGCUGAACACUGCUGCCAUCCUGCGAGAAGGGGCCUUAUACCAGCGGCAGGUGGAGAGAGAGCUGCAGAGGGUGGAUAAGCUCAUGGACGGGGCCGGGGACCUCUCCGAGUUCCUCAAGUGGCAGAGGAAGAUACAGGCGAAGGACCUGGAGGAACAGCUGGCCGCAGGCGAGUGCCGGCGGCUGCAGGGGAAGCUCAGCCACGAGGAGGCCGUCCUGGCACGGCAGCAGGUGGUGCAGGAGAAGAAGCAGAAGGCCGACCAGAAGAAGGAGGAGACAGCUGAGCUGAUGCAGCAAUGUGCCGAGAGGCGCCUCCAAGAGGAAAGGUCCAUGAAGGAGCUGGUGGAGCAGGUGAUGGAGACGCAGAAGAACGUCAAAGUGGCGCAGACAAAACUCCUGAAGGGCCGACAGCAGAUGGUUCAGGAGGUGAUGGAGGAGAGCCGGGAGCUGCUACAGCGCAGUGCAGAGGCGGCCAAGGAGGAGCAGAGGCGGCGCUGUGAGCUCAUCUCCCAGUUGCGAGCCCUGGAGACUCAGCCCACACGCAAGGGCAAGCUGGUGGACCUGACCCAGAUCCCUGGCUAUGGCCUGGAAGGGGAGAUGUCGGUCGUGGAGCUGCGUGAGCGGCUGGCCCUGCUCAAGGAGACCCAGAGGUGCAAGGAGGAGGAGAAGCGAGACCAGAUCAUCCAGGGCAAGCGCGCCAAGAGCCGGGCGCUGCAGAACACGGUGGAGCAGAUCUCGCUGUGCCGCGCAGCCAUGGGGAGGUCUGCAGCCUUAAGGUGGGAGGAGAAGAAGGCGCAGUCGGCGGCCGCGGGAGCGCCCUCCCGGGACGAGCGGGUGCUGGAGCUGCAGCGCAGGCUCCGGGAGGCGGCGGCAGAGCGCCGCGGGCAGGAGGCACUGCUGCACGUGUCGGCGCCGCGGGCAGCUCGCCCCAAGCAGCAGGCGCAGCUGGAGGCGCAGCGCAGGCUGGAGCUGGAGCUGGAGCUGGAGCAGAGCCGGGAACGCAGGCUGCGGGCGCUGCAGCGGGGAGGCUCGGCACGCGGGCCCGCUCGCUGCCUGGGGGCCGUCUGAGCUGGGCGGGGUCCCGCCACGGGACCCCGAGAUCCCCGCCCGAAUAAAGCCUGGGCGGCGGUGUGCACCUCCCCUUCCUUGGCCGCGUCCCCCGCCCCACUCCGCCCCAGUCUCCUCCCGCCCAGAGCAGGGUUGCCAAAUAAAAUGCCAGUUAUUGCGUGGGACAAGCUAAUGCUAACAGAA